AUUUCAUCUUGAAUUAUAGGCCGUUGCAUGUGCAGAAGACUUGGAGACUCUUAUCAUGCUCUGUCCUUUGUCUCUUAGGAUUUCGUGGAUUUACCUUUGAUUACAAAAUGCAUUUCAACGCACCACUUGGAUCUAAACCGAUGUCUUGCUGCAGUGGAAGCCGCCUGUUCCCUGUGUGCUAUCUGCCAUAACCUUCCCCCCACCCACACGGGGAUCGUGGUUUGUGUCUUGUAAUUCCAGAUGUGCAUUCAGGCAACACGUUCAGAGACUGCAGCCGUGUAACCGAGCGGCGCUUGCACGUAGGAACUUUCCGCAUCGCUCCAGGAAGGACCUGGGUGCUAUAUGGGCAUUUUAGGAUUCCAGCCAUAUGUCUGUGACUGCCGAGGGACUCUGUUGGAGACCAGAUACCCUUCUGCGACUUGGCUGCUGACAUAAACGUGUAUUGAAGCGGAAUCUACUUGCCAGGAAAAUAUCUGCUUUGAAACGUGUAAAUAUUUGAACCUAACCUGACCCUUCACCUGUCUACUGGCUACCUGGAUAUGACUAAUGGGACCGAUUGACCCUUCAAAGUACUGCCUAAGAACUCCUUUGUAGAGAAUCACAAAUUCACUAAAUCAUUCCACGAUUCUUGCAGUUUUCUUCUGCUGCUUCCCCUGACUUCCUCUCGAUUCCCCUACUGUCUGGGAGCGGAUACUUUCAGAUGUGAGCAAUCCAAGCAUUAGAAGAGACUUGGGGAGGAAGGUGGGAUCUCUUCUGAAUGCCUUUACGAGGGAUCUGGUGGUGGAUUUGCUGCAGGCAUGGGUUCACCCUCCUGGGCAGGGACUAUGGACAGAAGGAGGAAGAGGAGGAAUCAUUUGAGAUGAAGAGUCCUGAUGUCCCGAUCUGCAGUAGACAAGGACCCCUGGGUGCUGGUGUUUCCCAGCCUGUGCGUGCUUCCAAUGGAUCAGACAGGCUGUUAAAUGCCUCUGAGGAAAAACACAGCCUGAUAACACAGCCUGACAAGGUUACCUCCAAGGAUGAUCAGGAUGCCAUUGUUAAAGGUUGGCUGCAGCGUGAAGUUAGCAGUGGGGUGAAAACUCCCUGGUCCAAAAUGAAGAAGUUCUGGUUUGUCUUGACUCCAGACUCCUUGGAUUAUUACAGCGGCAAUGAGAAGGCCAGCAAACGCUUGGGGACCUUGGUGCUUACAAGCCUGUGCUCUGUGAUAUGGCCAUGUAAACAGAGCUACAAGGAGACAGGUUACUGGAAUGUCACUGUGUACGGAAGGAAACAUUGCUUCCGAUUAUACACAGAGCACCUGAAUGAAGCUGUACAUUGGGUGUGUGCCAUCCAGAAAGUAAUAGACAGCAAAGCACCCUUGGAGACGCCUACUCAAUUACUCAUUAAGGACAUUGAUGAACAUUACCUAAACCAUGAAACUGUGGAUGAAAUCUACAAACUGAAUCCCAUUCUAUGCUACACAAAAAGCCCCCUAUAUGCUCCAUUACUACCAUUUACAUACAGAUCUGAGGAUCAUCCCACUCAUAAUGUCAAAGGUUAUACAGCUCUCCGGGAUGAAGCAGUCAAGAUCUUCAAUUCUCUCCAGCAGCUGGAGAAUUUGAGAGACCCUGUGCCCCUCAUGCAAGGUGUUCUGCAGACAUGCCUGGAUCUACAACCUCUUAGAGAUGAGGUUUACUGUCAAGUUAUCAAGCAAACCACGGACCCUCCUGAGCCUGGGAGUUUAACUGACCUAAGAUAUUGGCAGCUACUUACCUGCAUGAGCUGCACGUACUUACCCAGUCCUUCAGUACUUAAGUUCCUCCAAACACAUUUACAGAGAACUUGUGACCGGUACCCAAACACGGAGAUGGAAAAGUAUGCCACAUUUAUUGUAUCGUCUCUAGAAAAAACAAAGCAGCGGGAAUUUGUUCCGUCUUAUGAGGAGAUCACAGUACUGAUAAACAGGCAAGAGCUGACAUGUACAGUAUACUACCCCGGAGCAGGAGCCUGCAAAGUGUCUAUUACUUCCCACACCACAGCUGAAGAGUUGGUCCAGGAGCUGAUUGCAAAGCUUAACUUGAGUACAAGUAACAACAUCUAUGCCCUGUAUGAGAAGAACAACCAAUACGAGCAAGCGCUCAGUAAAGCCUGCAUUGUGGCAGACACGCUCACUAGGUUUGAAAACCUGUCCUUCAAGGAGAAAGGAUUUGAAUCACGAUGGAGGCUUUACUUUAAGGUUUACUGCUACCUUGAUACUGAGGAUAUACCCAAGGACAGCCUUGAAUACUCCUUCCUUUUUGAGCAGGCACAUGAGUCUAUGAUCCGUGGAUACCUACCCACCAAUGAAGACACUUUGCAGUCAUUGGCAGCUCUUCGUCUUCAGUUCCUAAAUGGUGACUUUUCUCCCCAUGCACCUUUCCCUCGACUUGAAGAACUAUUCCCCAUGUACAUACUUCACUCUCGGAUAUUGGCCUCCAGUAAACCAUCUGUAAAUUGCAAGACAUCCUGCCCUGGAUUUCAUAAAGGUCUUUUCUCGAGUGCUCUUCCAAAUGGGUUGUGGAACAACUCUUCAGUGAAGCAGAAGGCAGAAGAAAGCCAAAAGUUCAAGGGGCGUAUGAAGGAGGAGGGAGCCAAUAUGAUGUCUGCAAUUGUAGAGAAAUGGAAACUCCUACAGAGUAUGGAGAGGACAGAGGUCAUGACCACAUAUCUGUCUAUUGUGAAGCAGUGGUCAGGUUUUGGCUCCACCUUGUUUGACAUAGACUUCUACAUGAGUUCGUCUGGGAGCUUUUCUCAGCGACUAUGGCUUGGCGUUAGCGCCUCUUCGCUGUGCCUCUACAAGCAAGGAGAGAUGGAACCAUUUGAAAAUAUAACAUAUAGUCAGAUAACAUCCUUUGAUGUCUCAGAUAGUUCCACCUUUAAAGUGACAGUUGGGGACAAGGACAUGAUAUUUGAAACCACUAAGGUGGACGAGAUUACUCAUCUAAUUAACACAUACCUGAUGUGCAUCACAAAUGAGAAUUGCUUUUCUAAGAGUAGUCACAAUGUUGCCUCAGACAAUCCAUGUGAGCCAGUGUGACAAUCAUGUACUGAUACAGUCUUUACCCUAAACCAGCAAAGCACUAAAUCUAUAACUGUUUGCAUAUGUCAUGCACCCACAUUUUUGUCAUAACUGUGACUUGGUAUUGAAGAAAUUACAUUUUGCAUUUAAUAAUCCUCCAUAGUAGGGAAAAAGACUCUGGAUAUGCCUACGGAAUUACAAAUAUGUUGAAUUAAGGCCUUGUGGACAACA